CUGCACACAUACGCGAGUAAUUUUUUCAAUUACUCAAAUCCGAAUCAUUCAGUUGCAAAUUUGAGUUGAAAAAUAUUCCACAAUAUAAAAAUGUCUUAUCACAAUUUUGCACAGUUCCCCCUUUUCAGCAUUUACGCAAAAAUCCGCCAGAUGUCAGCCACUUAGUGUGAAUUCGCGAAUAGUACCCUACUCUCACUUCGAGUAAAGUAGAAAAUAUGUAUUGCGAUUUUUGUUAUCAGAGAACAACAAAUUUACUCCUUUUACAUUUCGGUACUGUAAAAAGAGCAUAAGAAAGGAGUAAGAAAUCGCUCCGAGCAGCGAAAAGAACAAAGCUUAUUCAAAUGGUUGAAGAGUAAUUUCACCUCUGUUCUUGCAGCAUUAAUUGAUAAUCGUUGGUAUUGUAGCUUGAAUUUCGAACUCUGGUGCUACCUACAUAAGUAAUUAAUCGUAGCGUCGUAAGCUACUGAAGAUUUGCUUUUUUAUUGUUGGUGUUUGCCUCCUGAAGAAUUUUUUUUGACUUAACCUAAGAACCUUGGUUCUUCUGAAAAGUUGAAUGUGAUUUCUUGUUAUUUGAAAACUCAAAACUGCAAUAAUUUGAAAUAUAUCUGAAGAGAACAUGUUCAGCAACAGGAUUUCUAACAACAACGGCAGUGACGACUGGAAUCGUGAAUUGAUCUCAGUGCCAAGAUUAGAAAAAAUGGCAUCAGUUAGCGUGGCGAUUGCUUUAUGGAAUCACGCUAUUGUCACGAUACCAAACUUACUUAAGGCAGACGACUACGAGCACUAUCUGAAGUUGAACAAAGAACUAAGUACAUUAAAAUGGAUGUGUGCAUUACCUGUGCCCAAAUCGUUAACUGAACCCAUUGAGCGCCAUUUCUGUAGCCUGAGUAAACAAGUAGAAAAAUGGAUCUCUUACAUCCAUCAAGAAAUAUUUCUCACCCGAGGAGUGAGAUCUGACCUUUAUCAGCUAAUCGACGAUAUCAUUUGGCAUCCCAAUGGAACAAUCCAUCCCACUGAAACGGCUCGAAACUUAUUAAAAUCUGACAAAUUAACAACUGCGGAGAAGUUUCGUUUUGCGUGUACGUAUUGUCUGCGAGAAGACGUAGAGAGAAUAUGGCCCAUGAUGGAGGAUGAGAAUGACCUUGUUGUCCCAUUACGGUUCUCUGAGUAUCCUCUACACUGUUAUUGGACGUAUUAUUGCGCGGAUCAGUUAAAUGAAAUAGAAAAUCUGGCAAGUCUGUCUGUUGACGAGUUCAUGAUUAGUCAAACGUACGUCAAUAAUUGGUCUGCCAUCGAGUACUUUUUCGACCAUUUGGACGCAGAAGAACGAGUUAGACAAGCUGUUUCGUUGUUCGACCAACACGGAUUAACUUAUCUGAAAUUCAUAUUACUGAAACUGAACGGAUCUCAACGUUUAAGCGUGAUGAUGGACAGAGUUGUGCAAAUUAUAGAUAAAUGCACGUCGUACGAGAGUGUUUCCGAUUACGAAAAUGAUUUGAUAAUUUCAACGUGGUAUACUGCACGGGAUGUAAUCACUGAACAGCAAUUCGUUGACUUAUUUAGUCGACUGUUGGAAACCCUAACCGAAGACUUUGUUUUGACGGAAAUUUGGAGCACUACUCGCGAAGAUUUGAAGCGUCAUAUUUUGAAUUAUCGCGAUUAUUAUUUUAUUGCAAAAUUAUUGGGAUGGUGGGAGUCGCAACAUGAAAAAGAAAACUGCCCAACUGUCAUUUCGUCUAUUUUAAUGGAUCAAGUUAGUGCUCAUGUUAAACGAGAAAUUCCUAAGGAGAAAUUUUUCAGCAAAUGGUGCGAAAAAGUUAUUCGCAGAGGUACUGUAAACAUGCUUGACCAUAUGAUAAACUUAUGCCUUACCGAAAAAGCAGAAUCGACAAAAUUUAAACUAUCUCUCUCCCAAAGCAAAUAUUUUAAUAAACACUGCCAAAAAUUAAUGAUCGAUUGCGAAACUGAAGAACUGGCGAGAUUAUUGGAGUUUGCCUUCUCAAAAACAGAUCCUUCAUCUGCACAACUGGUACAUGAAUUGUUGAACAAAUAUUCAGGAAAUCUCGAUCAGCGAUGUAUGGAUCCUUAAGUGAUGCGGAGAGAUGGGCACGCUGGUUUCUCGAAUCUAACACGGAUAGAAUAACCUUGAGGAAUCGGUUGAUCCAAAGCCUGAAGAAGAGAAAGUGUAAGGUCAACUCCAAAACAAGAAAACUGUUUUCGAAAUUUUUAUUAUAAUUAUUUUGAAAUUUGCGAAUAUUUAAUCUUUGGGGAUGUCUAAAUUUCCAAAAUUUUAUCAAUUUGUUUGUUGUGUGUACUCGUAAUUAGUUUACGCUUACGUAUUAUUUCUUUCUAUUUGUUGGAAUUUUUAGCUGUGUUGUUUGAAUUUCGUUUGUUUUUUCGUGUUUCUGUUUCUGUAACUAUAGCGUGAUUAUUAUUGAAAGAAAUGUUAAUUGAUAUGAUAACGAGGAUUGGAAAAAAUUCUCAACGCAGUUAGAUGUAUUAAUUAGGAUUUUUGACGUUAUGAAGCUCACCAGAAGUGGUAAUAAUUUAAUUUUUUUAUGAUAUUAUGUUCAUUCAGUCUGUACCCAUUCUUUCCUUUCGGUUAGAUUUUUGGAGAAAUAUUUUUUAUUAACAUAAUAAAAUAAUUAACAACAAUAUAAAAUCAAAUUUUAUAUUUAUAUUAUAUAAUUUUCUUUUAAAUUUUUUUAUUUAUCUUAUAUACUUUAUUUUAUUUUAAACAUUAACUAUAAUUAUGCUGAAAUAAGUAUUGUUCUUCAGAUCUAUUGAAUUAUGCAUUAAAUGUUCGAAUAGGUACGUUCGAUUAGAAUGUCAAAGAAUCAACUUGUCACGUAUUUUUGAAUUAUUGUAUUUCAUGUUCGGUACCCACCUAAGUACCUAGUAUCUACUUACUUACCUAUACGUAAUAAAUUAUAACCUUUGAAAAUGAAAUUAUAAUUUCGAAUUUCACGUA